AUGAUGAGCAAACAACAACUCUUAGACAUAAUGUCAUCAACUUUUAACGAGGAGGUUGUACAUUUACAGAAGAAAGUAUUGGAGAGAAGUGGUUAUAGUGACAAAACGUUUAUUCCAGAGGGUAUCAGAAGGUUACCUGAAAAGUUAUUGACGUUUGAAGAGUCAAAGAAGGAAACAGAAAAAGUCAUGUUUGGAGCCAUAGACGAUUUAUUGGCGAAAACAAAAGUGAAGGCUCGUGAAAUUUUGAUAGUUAUAGUGAAUAUUGGCAUACCAUCCAUGAUAGUUAACCAUUACAAGCUUGGAUCGAAUGUUCUCACUUACACUAUUAGCGGCAUGGGUUGCAGUGCUGGACUCAUUUCUAUAGACCUUGCAAACCAGCUUUUGCAGUUUGUUUCAACUACUUAUCGAGAGAUUGAAAAACCACAUAAUUUACAUACCGCUUCCUUGAGAAAUAGAAGAAUAUAA